AUGUCGCAAGCUAAUAAUGGAGUGCCCGAACAAUUUUCUGGAUAUGCUGCCCACGAUGAAAAGGCGGGCAAGGCACUGGACGUGAAGCCGUACAAAUACACGCCGCAGAAAUGGCACGAAGGCUUAGUGGACAUCAAGAUCACCCAUUGCAGUAUCUGCGGCUCUUGUCUACACACCCUCCAGAAUGGAUGGCCCAGCCCGACCCAUUAUCCUGCCAUCUGUGGCCACGAGAUCGUCGGCGAGAUCGUCCAGGCGGGCAAAGAGAGUGGCCACAAGGUCGGCUCACGCGUCGGCGUUGGAGCCCAAGCCGGCUCCUGUGGCUCAUGUGAGAAUUGCAAAUCGGACUUGGAGACGUACUGCCAGAAGGGCAUGAUCGGCACUUAUCAGGGCAAAUGGGCCGACGGAUCGGUGGCCCAAGGUGGAUAUGCGGAUUAUGUGCGCGUCCAAGGCAAAUUUGCGAUCGAGAUUCCGAAAGCGCUUUCGUCCGAGACUGCGGCGCCGAUGAUGUGUGCCGGAAUCACGACUUACAAUCCGGUCAAAAGCGGCGGUGCUGGGCCGGGCAAGAAGGUGGCCAUUGUCGGCAUUGGCGGGUUAGGCCAUUUAGGCAUCCAGUGGGCAAAAGCCUUGGGAGCCGAUGUCUAUGCGAUAAGCCACUCGGAUUCCAAGAAAGAGGAUGCCGAGAAACUGGGCGUCAAGCCCGAGAACUUCAUCAUCUCCAAGGACGAGAAAGAGACCUCCCAGAAAUGGGCCAACUCGUUCGACCUCAUCGUCUGUACGAGCAACCAACACAAUCUGCCCGUCGAUACGCUCUUCUUUCCGCUGCUCAAGCCGCAGGGUCGAUUGACUAUUGUCGGUUUACCUGAAGAAAAGAUUCCGGCGUUCUAUGGCCAUGCAUUAGUCGGAAAGGGGAUCAGUUUCGGCGGCAGCUUGAUUGGCCCGCCGGCGAUGAUCAAGGAGAUGCUCGAGGUGGCCGUCAAACACGACGUCAAGUCCUGGACCUCGUCCCAUCCGAUGGCCGAGAUCAGUCAGAAACUCAAGGACAUGGAUGCUGGCAAAGCUCGUUACCGUUUCGUAAUGACCAAUAACUUAUAAGUUGCAAAAAUCAAUCCAAAAAGUGUUUUCAUAUAUAUAUAUAUAUUCGGUUAAUGACCUUUUAUAUAGUCAACUCAUGAACUUCUCAAUGUAUCCAGACUUCCAUAACAUGUUCGAACCAAUUUGUUUAUUCUCACUGAUGUUUUAUAACAA